AUGUCUGAGUUUAACCACUCAAAUCUAUCAGGCGGAAACGCUCCAGACCCGGACUACAAGUGGACAUAUGAGUAUUACGACGAUGAUGAGCCUGUUUCGUUCGAGGGACUCAAAGCGCACCGAUACUCCAUCGUGAUAGGCUUCUGGGUGGGCCUGGCUGUCUUUGUCAUCUUCAUGUUCUUUGUCCUGACGCUUCUCACCAAGACAGGAGCUCCACAUCCCGAAGGAGCUGAGCCCUGUAAGAAGCGUGUUCGUCUGACCAGCUGUGUGGAGGACCUCCGCCCACCUGCAGACCCUGACAACCGGCCCUGCCUCCAACUGGACUCCUCUCUCAGCCGCUCCCUCUUCCACUGCUACAUCAAUGAGGAACAGGCCCAGGGGGGGUCCAGGCCUAGAGCUGGAGCAGGAGCUGUGGGAGCACCCAGUGGAGGGCUGGUCCAGGGGCCGGGGCGAGGCAGGUCAGGCAGCCCAGAGGAGGGGGUGGUGGUGGGGAUGGAAGUAGGUGUCAGCCGUGCCCUGCAAGGGGCUGCCAUGUUGGGGGGGAACCGGACUGACCACAGAGAAGCAAUGUCCCUGUCCCACUUCAACAUCCCUAACGUUGUGGACUCCGAGCACAGCUCCACCCUGGGGGCAGACGAUCUGCUGCUGGGGGAGCCACCAAUCAUCAUGGAGGGGGAGUGUCAUCGGCCCCACAGCGCACAUCACAUGAUGGACUAA